UUCAUAUAAAUUCUCUUUUUUGAAAUGAAAUAUAAAAACUAAGCAAACACUCCAUAAAGGAGUUUUUCAAGAUCUUCAUCAAAAAAUUCAUUUUGUUCUUCUUUCUAGGUUUCAAGCAGCAAAACAAGACUGACAUAAUUUGACUACAUUAAGAAGAAAGUAAAAGAAAUAGUGAUGGGCUCAAGCUCUGGUUCCCGAGUUCCGACGUUCUCCGGUGAGGCUGCAGCUUUCCCGAAUUGGUCGAUAAGGAUGAAAAAACAUUUAUUUUCAGAAGGGUUGUUGAACUUGGUGGAAGAAGGGUACAAGAAACCCGAGCCUGCAGAAAUUCUUGCUGCUGCACAAAUGAAAGAGCUGAAACAAGAUAUGGUGAAUGAUGCAAAAGCUUUGUCUCUAAUUCGUUCCUCCCUCUCACCCAACAUCGUUCUACGGAUCUCUUCCGCAACCAGCGCAAAAGAUGCUUGGGACACCAUCCACACCAUGUUUCACAACAAAACAACUGAGAAUGAAGUUGGGAGUGGCAGUGAGGAUAAAGUCACAUAUCUUUCAGGGGAUAAACCUUUCUUCGACAUGUUUCUGAUGAGGUCCACAAUGAAACCUCUUUGUCAAAUGAUUUUUCCAAAUCGAGUGGAGUCGUUGCUGCCAUCGACGAAUCUCCAAGCGACGGUGAGGUGCUCGGGAAAAAUCCAUAAGAUACAUUUCUACGGGCAAAGGAAGCAAAAGGGGUUUGGUAGUGGAUGGAGGCAAUUCUUGGACCACCAUAAUCUAGUGGAGGGCGAUGCUGUCGUGUUUGAAGUUAUUGAAAGCAAUGAUUCUAAUCUGGAUCUCAAUCUCCACAUACUCAGAUCUGCCCUUCCACCUGAGUUGGAAGAAGAGAUUAAGAGGAGGAGAGCUGAAUCAAAAGUUAUUAUAAAAGUUGAUGAUGAUGAUGAAGAUGAAGCAGUCAGUUUGGUGAUAUGAUAUUCCAUGUAUGUUUUUCUGUAUUGUGUUUGCUCUGAGAACUGUUGUGGAUGAGGUGCAAUUGUCUUUAAAAGCUGAGUUGAUCGGAUGGAAUGAGAUGCCAACACUAUGUUCGUUUUUAUUAUUAAGUUAUUUUCGGGACGAGUUAAAGCAUACCUAAUA